CUUUCGAUUUGCAUUUGUAUAUGAUUGUUGGGUUUUCCUUAAGAUAUAAAUUUCUGUUGGGAUAUUUGUUACGAGCACGGAAAUACUUUCCUUGUGAAUCCCAAUUUGUCUUGCGCGACCGGGAGUAGUUAACUUGGAUUAUGUUUUUUACAUUUUCAGUUACGUUCCGAAAAAUAACGACGGUCACAUGUUUGAUCAUAUGCGACGCUUUAACGAUAGAUUACCCAUCUGGCAAUCAUUUUCCUAAACCCUACAGUUGCUAUGGUGACGUGUGUAAUGCGAAUUCUUCGGCAGAGUUUUGUGACGUUGUAUACAGACUAUGCCGUCCCUGUGAAGAUGUCAAGAAUGACUGCUUUUCCAGAAUGAUGACGUACAACUGUACAGAGUUUUGUUAUGAACGGCGAUAUUUGCUUGACACAGAACAACUUCGGGUGUCAGGAUGCAUGGUUCCCUCAGCUCCUGAACAUGGAAGUUAUGAUGUAGACACGACCCACGUAGCAUACCAAACACCGUUAAAAGUCACGUGUGAUAAAGGAUAUAGUCUAAAAAAUGAAGAUCAGUACACAUGCAGCAAUUUCUCCGUGUGGACUGGUUGUUUUCCUGUAUGCGAAGCUUCCGAUAAUUCGGUAGUGAUACACGUUGUGUUAACGGUUAUCCUGCUGAUCGUCGUUGUCAUGUGCGGGGUCGCAGUAAUAAUGUUCAGAAGAAGAUGUAGCAGAAAAGCGGUACUUACGGGUCAGCAACAGGAGCAAGCGCAGACUUUUAUUUCAAACUAAAUGAGUGUUAAGCUACUUAUUAUUACAUACUAUUAGGUUAAAAAAUAAUACUUGUUACCGACACUUUUAACGAUAUUAUAUGUAUUGUUUUCGCAGACAAUGUGAUAUUGCUCAAAUCCGUAUCGAUUUUUAAUAACAAAAGAAUUCUUUAUCAUAAUUGUGCUCUUGUUAUAGUAUUUCGAAAAAUGGUGGCCCAUAAAGUGUGCAUACAAAAUAGACCUUUAAUUUUAUUCAAAUUGUUAAAAUAUCGGUCCUCUAUUUUCAUUUUUAUAUCGCGGUCGAAAGCAAAGGCAAAAUUAGCACCACACGCCAAGAAGUGUAAUUUAAUCUAAAAUUACCAAAAAGCAUAUGGUUACUUUGGUCAUUUUGAAUAUUUGAAAAACCAAUCAGACUGGGCGAUCAUCAUGCGGAAAAGAUACAAACUCGAAAAUAAGGAAGUUUAUUUUCAGUACGGUAAAUAAUGUCAAGUUGUUAAUUAUUAUGUAAGAGACUGCUUCGUUUAAGGAGCAAGUGUGCGCUUGCCUUUGUGUAUUGACCAUAAUAGAAAAUGUCUAAACCGAUUUUAUAUAAUAAUUAGCAUAACUGCGAAAAUUGUUAUAUACUGCUGAAAGGACAGGUUAACAUUCGUAGAAUUAUUUGGUUAGAGAGGUGAAACAUAGAUUACAUCAGUUGGAAUUAAAGUUAUUUAAUUG